GUCCGCGCGCCACUCCCGGGACAGACCCUUUGCGUCGUGGGGCGCACCAUGGCGCGCCGGGCGGCCCUCGCGCUGCUGCUGCUCGGCCUGCUUGGCACCCAGGUGCCCACCCGGGGCCAAGAUUUUGAUUUAUCGCAUGCCCUUGACGACGAUGACAAGAAACCCACUCCGGGCCCACCAAAAAAAGCCAACGAUGAUAACUUCAAUUUAGAAGAUGCCCUUGGUGGAGGGAGCCAUGACCCAGUGUCACCCAAACCACCCAAGCCAAAACCUAAUCCAAACCCCAACCAGCCCGGCUCUUCUGAUGACUUUUCGGAUUUGGACCUUACUGAUGCGACUUCAGGUGGAGGAGGCGGUGGUGAUGGAAACCAGAAGCAUGGCGAGACGGAGCAGGCCGACUCCCCGGGGGUGGUCCCUGGGAUCGUCGGUGCCGUCGCGGUCGCUGUGGCUGGAGCCAUCUCCAGCUUCAUCGCCUACCAGAAGAAGAAGCUGUGCUUCAGAGAGAACGCUGACCAAGCCGAAGUCAACAUGGAGAACCAUCAGGGCACCAACGCCGAGCCACCGGUUCAACAGACCCUUCUGGAGAAAUAGAAGGUUGGCAUCCAAGUGAUUCAUAGCAGGAUCCCGAGCUGGCCUGCUGAGCCUCUCCGAAGUUUGCCUGCAGGGACAGAGCGGAGCGGCCCCGCUGGGAACAAGCCCCGGCUUGUCUGUGCCUUUGCUCAACUUGGGAUUCCUUGUUUUAACCUUGAGGUGCGUCACCACCGUGCUGGUGGGUGAGAUUGACUUGUGAUGAGUUUUGCCUCCAGAGGGGAAUUACUGUGUGCUGUGAAAGGCUGACCGACCAAGUCCCCAUCAUUCAACCCCACUGAAGUUCCCCAAACAGAAACUCCGGGCUGUUUACAAAUUGCCUGUAAAUUGAAUGCGUCUGAACCUCUGCUGACGUUGACCUUUUUGUAGAGUGAGGUAAGCCUUCAGCGAGUUUCCUCAAAAGUUCUUCCAUUUAUUAGGAUUUGUUUUUUGUUUCCACACCAAACUAAUAAAAAGAAAUUAGAAACCAA